CUCUGCCCGGUCCGAGCUCCCAGCGAUCCUGCCCCUAGACCUAUGUCCCCACGCAGCGCAGCGCCCGAAGCGGCGCGGAGCUACAGCUCCAGGCUGGGGGCGCACAGGAAACCCGGGGAGGCCACUGAGCUGCGGAAGACCCUCAAGCCGCUGAUGGAGAAGCGCAGGCGAGCCCGCAUCAAUGAGAGCCUGAGCCAGCUGAAGACCCUCAUCCUGCCGCUCAUCGGCAAAGACAGCUCCCGCUAUUCCAAGCUAGAGAAGGCGGAUAUUCUGGAGAUGACCGUGCAGUUCCUCAAGGAGAUCCCGGUCCCCUGCCCUCCCGCCCCGGACCUAGCCGAGAGUUACCGCGAAGGAUACCGAGCCUGCCUGUCCCGCCUCACCAGCCUGCUGGCAAAGUCCCAGCUCCUGGGCAGAGACUCCGGCAGCUGCCUGCUGGAGCAUCUGCAAAGGGCCAGCGCUGAGCCCAGCAGCUGUCAGGACUGCAGCAGCCCCACGGACUCGUGCCCAGCCUGGCGGAGGGCAGGGCCAGCCAGCUCGGCCAGGGGGCUGCUGGAGGCCUCGCUCCCCCACCCCCAAGCUGCAAACUCGGGCAUCUGGAGGCCCUGGUAGAGCGGCGGACUCUGCGCACAUCUGCCUGUACAUAGGGGAGCCCAGCUAUUUAUUUGUACAUUGAUCGCCCUCUUCCCCCCAGUGUAAAUAUCCCUCUUCAGCCCCCGCCUGGGCCGGGACAGCUCAGCACUUGGUCCUAUGUGGGUGACAAGGCAGCGGGGUGAAGCAGAACCUGGUAAACCCAAAGGGUGUCUCCUGGACCUGUGAACUGCACACUGCUUGCUUGGCCAGAGGCUGACUGGCCCUUGCUCUGGAGUCGCUGGAGUUUAAUAUGCAGGAGACACUUUAUAUUUUCAUACAAAUAAAAUGCUCUGACUGAAGCAACCUGGCCUGUGUGGUGCCUGGUCAUGAACUAGCCCUGUCACGCCCUGCACUGCCAGCCGGGUGGGUGACCCCGUGCAGGGGACAGCCCCAGGCCUAGAGCCUAAGCUGCCCUUAGUGCCUGGGGGGGCUCCUGACAUCCAGGGGUGCACAGCAUGGAGAAGCUGCCCCCUGCAGCGGCGGGGAGCAGGGCUGGA